UAGGGGAGCAGCUCAUAUAGAUUCCACAGUCCGUGAGUGUUAUCAAGACAAUACCGAACGUUCAUCCAGUUACUAUAUCUAUUGGUGUUUUACUUAGACAGUUUGUGAACGCAAAGGUGCAUUUUAUCAUUUACCUACAAUAUGUAUACAUAUAAAACAUUUAAAUUACAAUGUUUCCUUAUUUUCACAAUCAUCAUCAACGUUGAUUGUACAUCUUUUAUAAAACCAAAUACUUCAGGUUCGAUGAAAUGCAUCUACGAUGGAAACGGAACUUUUAGUGCGACAUGCAUAAAUGCCAUUCCCAGUUACUUCAAAAUUACUCCAUACAUGUUCGAUAACAAGACCGUAAGCUUAAGAUGUGUUAAUUGUACAUUGACCACCUUAGAAACAGGAACAUUCAAUUCCACCGGAAAUUGUUUCAAGAAUCUAGAUCUCAGGAACAGUGCGAUAGAAUAUGUUGAAAUUAAAGCUUUCGUUGGUUGUUCAACUGUGGAAAAUCUACUGUUAGCAAAUAACCACAUUAAGUUGAUUUAUCCUCUAACUUUUUUUGGUGUAGAAAAUGUCCAAGAAUUGGAACUACAAAACAACAAAAUCGAAGGUUUAAAGGAAAAUGGAUUUUUGGAAUUAAUCAAUCUUAAAAGACUUAACCUCAGAGAAAAUUCAAUUUCAUUUAUAGAAAAGAAUUCGUUUAAUGGUCUUGGUAAAUUAUUUAAACUGGACUUGAGUUACAAUAAAAUUAAAACUUCUAAUAACGAGACGUGGGCUAACUUAAUAAAUUUGGAAAUUUUGAAACUACAACACAACGAACUUACUAAACUGUCCGGCGAUGAAUUUUUUAAUAUGUCGGCCCUGAGAUUUUUAGAUUUAUCUUGGAAUAAAAUUACUGUUCCCGCCUUUACAAUGAACGUGGAAUUUUUGCGAAAUGUUUCGUUGUAUUUGGAUUUGUCUCAUAAUAGCAUAAGUGUUCUAACCCCGUUUAUGUAUAAAACUUUAAAAUCACUUAGAAAUUUGGAUUUAAGUUUCAAUAAUAUUCAAGUAAUUCCACAAAAAAGUUUGCAAGGUUUAGACAAUAUUGAGAAAAUAAAUAUUUCAUACAACAACCUAACAACGUUCCGAAUUCGUACGUUUUCGGACUUGUCAGGACUGCAGUAUUUGAAUAUGUCCCACAACAGCAUAAGGAAAUGUAAGAUAGAUGAAUUUUCUUCCAUAUAUUACCUCCACGUUUUAGAUUUAUCAAACAACAAACUAAAGGAUCUUAACUACAUUUCGUUCAUAUCAAGUCAUCAGUGGUUAACGUAUCUUAAUCUUCGAGACAAUUUAUUUCCUUGUGAAUUAAAAAGGAACAUGGAUGAAUAUUUUAUGUAUGACGACUUCAGAUACCAUAUUUGGUCAAAAAGUGGAGAGAAAUGCGCAGAAAGGAAAUAAUAAGGAAUAGUGUAACUAACAUUUAGAUUUUCGUAAAUAUUCGUCAGCAACUUUUUUAAUUUUUUUUUUUUUUGGUUUUAUAUUUGUUUAGAAGUUUUAAAAAACUGCGAUUAUUUAUAAUAUUUACGUUAGGUAAAAUUAUAAACAUGUAGUACUUUUAUAAAUAGACUUUAGAAUAUAGUUUAGUAAAAUUCAAGAAACAACUUUUCUUGGAUAUUUGAUGUACGAAAAAACAAAGGGCUGGAAUGAUGAUAUGAACAAAAAUAGUGGCAGCAUUAUAGAUUAACAUCUGUUUAUAUGAAUUUCAUAUUUUUAUAUUAAAUAAACAUUCUUACUUUUA